AUGAACUCCCCUAAAGAGGCCCCAGAUUCAGUUCAAUUGAAAUUGAUUUCUGUUUCUUUGAAAGAAGCUGCACUAGAUGCUCCAUCGUUUCGUGCUUCUGUUAAUUUUUUUGAAACAAAAGUUCUAUUCUUAAGAAAUUAUUUAAAAAAGACAGUUCAAUUCAAUAAUUCUAAAUUCCUGCCAUCUUUCACCAAAUUUAAAAUAUCUACGGAAUCUUUGAUUAAUAUCUUCCUGCCACCUUUAUCAUUAAUGGAUAAUGGUUUCAUAUCAAACAGUUCCAACAUUUUAAGCAUGUUAUCAGAUUUCCAAAAUGAUCAAUUCGAAAUGAUAGAAAACACAUUAAAUCUAGUUAAUUUGGAUUCUUCAGAGAGAAUAGAAAAGAUUGAUUCCUUUAAUAAAGAAUACUUGGUUGAUUAUAAUUUGAAAAGAGACAAUUUUUUAAAAUUACAAACAAAUUAUGAUAGAUUAUCCAAAAAUUAUCAAUCUAUUAAAUUAAAUGAUCCAGAAAUGAUGGAUAAUUCAAAAAUGCUUGAAGAGGCAAAUAACUUAUUUGAAGCAAGGAAAAAUUAUUUAAUUGCAUCAUUAGAUCUUGUAGAAUCCAUUUCCCUCUAUAAAUUGAAUGUAGACAGAUUGAUCGUGAACACAAUAGAUCAUCUUUUACAAAAUUUUAAAUUCAAUUUGAAGACUAAUCAAGAUUCAUUUUCAAAUAAUAACUUUAAUGUUCCUGUCAGUUCCUUUAAUGGAGAGUUCUCCAUGUUACCAAAGAUUGAAGCAUAUUUUCAAGAUUAUAGAGAUUGGAUUGAUAAGGCAAAGGCAGGUUCAGAAUCCUUAAAGAAGGAUAUUACAAACGUUAAACAAAACUUGUUAGACUAUACAAUUAAACAUAUUAAACCUUCAGGAAAUUUAGCGACUUAUGAUAUACAAUCAAUUAAUUUAAAAACUUUAUCGAUGAAUGAAAAUGAAAAAUUGAAAUUCUCAAAAUUAAAUCAUUCACCAGAAAAAGCUGGUUGGCUUUUUAUUAAGACUUUUAAUGGUGUUGAAACUCGUUGGGUUAGAAGGUGGUGUUUUGUCCAAAGAUCUGUGUUCGGUAUUUUCUCAUUAAGUCAAUCUUUAGAUUAUGUAGAAGAAACUGAUAAAUUUGGUGUGAUGUUAACAAACGUUAGAUAUGCGCCAGAAGAAGAAAGAAAAUUUUGUUUUGAAAUUAAAAUUUUUGGAAAUGGUUCCACUUUAAGACCAAGUAAUAAUCAUAAUUUAAAGACUGUCUCAAAAGAUUUAUCCUUUAUUUUACAAGCUGAAAAUGUAAAAGAGUUGAGAUCUUGGAUGAUCAUCUUUGAACAAGCUAAAUCGUUUACAGAACAAUUAAAUAAACAUUCUUUGGAAUAUGAAUCCGCAUACAAGAGAACUUCUCCACAUUUCAUGGAAUUUGCUUGUUGUUCUGAAAAUUCCACUGAUAAGGCUUUAACAAGUUUUGAUAAACAUUCUAUUCUUUUAAGAGAUUUGUACCAUUAUGAUAUGUCAGACUAUGCCUCUUUGAAGUUUGAUGAAGAUUCUGACAAAUGUAUUCUUUAUCAAUUGACUGAAACUCCAAUUACAACAAGAUUUUCACAAUUAGCAGUAAUUGGAUUAGCAUUCUAUAAUGAUUCAACUAUACCCAAUGCUCUUUUUGCUAAUGUUUGGGGGGUUACCAAUUGGAAGCCUUUAACUUCGCCAAAGACAACAAAAGAAGUUCGUUUUCAUGAACCACUUAAACAAAUUCCACAAAAUAAUACAACUAAUUCAAGAAUUAUUAAUUAUCCGAGCUAUUACCCUCCUGACUUAAGAAUCUCCGAUCUUUAUUUCAGAAGUAUUUUUUUACCAAGUUAUCAAAAGGAAAUUGAUCAUCCUGAUGAAUUAUUAUUAUAUAAGUUUGCAGCAUUUUGGUGUCCAAAUGAUGUCCAAAGAUUUCAAGCUACUUGUUAUUUGACAAGAAAUACUUUCUAUUUCUAUUUAAAUGCAAUGGGAUUUGUUGGUUUAGAAACAUUGGCAUUUGAAGAUUUAGAAACUGUUAAAAUGCAUAAAACUUCUAAAAAUGUUAUCCAAUUACGCACUAUCCAAGGAAAUACUUUUAAGAUUUAUUGUUAUUUCGCAGAUAUAAAAUCCAUAGUUAAUAAAAUUCAAAUAUUAAUUGAUAAUAAGAAAAAAGAUAGUGAAAAAUUAAAUGAUUGUAGUUUAUUAAAGAAAUUUAAACAAAUUGAUAAAUAUACAGCAAAUAAGAAAUCUAAAAAUUUCAUUACCCAAUGUAUUAGAAUAAAAAAUAUUUUAAACGGUGAUAUUUUAGAAAAUGAAGAAGAUUUACCCAAGGAAACAAUAGAAUUAAAUAAAUCUUUAGCAUUAUUAAAAAAAAAGAAAAUUGAAAAGGAUUUGAUCGAUAUUCAAGCACAUAGAAAUAAGAUUCAAAAUGAAUAUAAUGUCACUUACCAAGGUGAAUAUGAAAUUACAAGUUUAGGCUUACUACAUAUUUUAUUUGGUGAUAAAUCUCAAAUCUUUCCUCAUUGUUUCUUUUUUGCAAAACCAAUAAGUAAAUAUAAUUUAGCUUGGUCUUGGGAAGAAGAAAGAACUCCAAAAGGUUUAUUACAACUAGUAAGAAAAGUUCAAUUCGAGCCCAAGUAUAAAGAACAAUUGCUAAAAGAUCCUCGUAUGUUAAAGAUCGAUAAUGCUAAAGUUAGCUUUACGAGACAACGUAUUAUCAAAGUCAUUGAAAAUAGAUAUUAUGAAAUUGAUCAAGAUCCCGCUUUAAUUAAAAUUUCAAAUAACAAUGCAUUAUUGAUUCAUUUCAAAUUUAUCAUUUCUGAGCCAAAUCAUACUGCAAAUUCUAAAGUAGCAAAUGGCUCACCACUAAAUAAUAGAUCAUUAUUAAGUAUCUACUAUAAACUAGAUUUUAUUAAUCCAAAGACUAAAAAAAUAUCAAAUAAUUGGAGUUUUACAAAUAGUUUAAUCGAAAAUUGGGUAUUAGAAGCAGCUAAAAAGGAGAAUACUAGUGUAAAAAAUGCAAUUUGGUAUUACUUGGAUCGAAUAGGUAAAAAUGGUACUGUUCCGAAGGCUAUCAGAAUGUGUGGUCUUCUAGGAAUUGCUGAAAAACAACAAAUUUAUGGUGUUGAAUAUGAUGCUGAUUCUAUUAAAGAACUAUCUAUCAACAUAGAAAAUAAAGAUUAUGAUGCUAUAUUAUCAUUUUUUACUAUUCCAAAAUAUAUUUUAUUAAAGAUUGUACUAAAAACUUUGGAGUAUCUAAAAAUUGUUAUUUACGUUACUAUUGGUGUUAUUUAUGUGACACUUGUUCAAAUCUGGAGGUUUGACAAAACACUUGCAUUAUGUUUGUUUUGCUCAGUAAGCUAUAAUAUGAUCAUUGCUGGUAAAUCUAUAAAUGCAUACUGGAAAGUUAAAAAUGCAGAAACAUUUUUCCAUGACUACGUAGCAAAUUCACAUGGGCCUGAUUUUUCUACCAUUAGUAGAGCUUUGAGAUUAUCUGAUCUAAAUCUAUUAGUUAAAGAGGUCUCUACAGAGCAUUCAGGUUCAGCUUAUGAAAAAUUCCAAGAAAAAAAUGCUGCUUUUGCCUAUAUUUACCAAGAAUCAAAAUAUGAAUUGGAUUUAAAGAGAAAUGAUUUAUUAAUGGAGUUGAAGAUGCUACAAAAUCGUGAAGGCGAAUUAGUAGCCGGAGGAUUCAGAAAGUUUUUGAUGGAAGAAUUAAACAAUUGUAAUACAGUAAAAUAUGAAAUGAAUGAUGUAUGGAAUAAUGGAACUGGGCUUCAAAAUUACUGUAAAUCCUGUGAAAAUUCGUUAAUAGAAUUAGAUGAAUCAUUUUUAAAUAAUUAA